AGGGCAAACCCGUUACACUUAAGGGGCUUCAGGUCUACUUACCCUUCUUCUUCAAGUGAGACCCGCCGGCAACACUUCAACUUCAGUGUAAGGGUGUUUUUAAAACAUCUCUUUUUGUUCAACUAUAUAGCUUACCCGUGGUGGCGCACGGUGGGUUCUUCUAUCCUUUCCAUUUCCAAUGUCUUUUGCUUGUUCAGUUGUUUUAACCUUGGUGGCGCCAAUUGGCUAUUGACGGGGGUAUCUUCAUGUCGUUAAUAUCCUUUCUUGAGCGUGCUUUGAUCCGAAGCAAAGUGCACUCUCAACGGCAAUGCUUGAUUAGUUUGCACUCUUCUGCUUCUUCUGCAUUGAUGUCGGAAGACCACGUGUUUGAUGAAAGUCCAAAAAUUGAUGCAAAUUUUGUGGUUAAUAGGCCAGUAACACAUGUUUCUGGUACAAGGAUGGAGUUGUUUCCCUUAGUGGGUAGGAUUUUUAAAUCAUUGAAUUGGAGGGUGGCAAGAGAAAUAAGGUUUGGGGGAUGUGUUGAGAGUCAUGGGUUUUCCCAUUCAAUUAAUUGCUUUAGGAUUAUUGUUCAUACAUUUGCUUUGGCGGGGUUGCGUUUGGAAGUGUUUUCUUUGCUUAAGGAUGUUGUUGGGUACUGCAAUGGGGCCAAGUAUGAUACGUAUGAUUUAUUUUCAGCUUUUCUGGAUUCACCCAAUCAUGUGGAAAAAUUUGUUGUUGUGUUUGAUGAACUCAUAAAAGUGUUUGCAUCCAGUUCUAUGCUGGAAAAUGCCCUUGAUGUGUUUGUGAAUGCUAAGCGGAUCGGGCUUGAGCCUGAUAUAAAGGCUUGCAAUUUCUUGUUGAAAUGCUUAGUUGAAGCAAAUAGAGUGGAGUUUGUUAGACGAUUUUUUGAGGAAUUGAAAGACUGCGGUCCUUCACCUAAUAUCUACACCUAUACAAUCAUGAUGAACUUUUAUUGUGGAGAUGUUGGGUGCCAUGCAAAUAUGAGAAGGGCUGCUGAGAUUUUAGGAAAAAUAUAUCAGAGUGGGGAAAAGCCGACUGUUGUCACUUAUGGUACUUAUAUUUAUGGACUUUGUAAAGCUGGUUCCGUUGAGGUUGCUCUAAUGUUAAUUCGCAACUUGCACUAUAAAAACCAGCCUCUCAAUAGCCAUUGUUUUAAUGCUCUUAUUUAUGGAUGUUGCAAAAAAGGUGAAGUACAUGAGGCUUUGCAAGUUUUGGAAGAAAUGAAGAGCACUGGGACAUUACCAGAUGUUUAUAGCUACAGCAUCUUAAUUAAUGCAUUCUGCAAGAAUGGGGAUGCAAUUAAAGGUCUUGACAUGAUAAAGGAAAUGGAACUCUACCAGAUAAAACCAUCCACUGUCAGCUACACCUCCCUCAUCCAUUGUCUGUGCAAGAAGAAUCUUAUGCAAAACGCAGUGGAUAUAUUCCGUAGUAUUGGUGCUUCUGGUAAUAAAUAUGAUCAGUUUGUUUAUGAAAUUUUAAUUAAAGGAUUUUGCAUGCAAGGUGAUGUGGGUUCGGCCAUCAAGCUUUUGGAGGAGAUGUUGAACAAUAAUUUGGUUCCUACUUCUUUUAGUUACCGCAGUCUAAUUGGGGGAUGCUACAAACUGGGACUCUAUGACAAGGCAUUGGAAGUUUUUAAUAUCAUGCUACGAGAUGGUAUCUGGCCAGAUACUAUUGCUUGCAAUUGUAUGCUUAAUGUAUCCUGCAGGGAUGAUCGCCUCAAAGAAGCCUUGACACUGUUGGAGAACUUCGAAGAACAUGGAUUUAACCUAAACCAAUAUUCAUAUAAUGCCAUCAUCUACAAGCUUUGUAAAGAAAAUUAUCCAGAAAAAGCAUUGGAGGUCUUACCAAGAAUGCUUAAAAGGAAUGUACUUCCUGGAGUUGUUAAUUAUAGUACUCUUAUAUCUGGUUUUGCCAAACAGUUAAAUUUUAAAGGUGCUGUGAAGUUAUUCACAAGAAUGAUAAAAGUGGGGAACACUUUCAACACCAUCACAUAUACAAUUCUUAUUAGCAUUUUUAGUCGUAGAGGCAAAAUGCAUGAAGCAUAUGCCAUUUUUAAGGAAAUGAAAAAAAGGGGUUUGUGUCCAGAUGAAGUUUCAUAUACAACUUUAAUAGAUGGCUUUUGUAAAACUAAAGAAAUGAAAAAGGCCUGGGCAUUAUUUGAAGAAAUGUCAAAGGAAGGCUGUUUGCCAAAUGCAAUUACUUAUACUUGUUUGAUUCAUGGAUUUGGCAAGUCAGACCGGAUAGAUUUGGCUAUCUGGCUGUUUGAUGAAAUGAACAAAGCUGAAAUAAUUCCUGAUGUUGUAACUUACACUGUCCUCAUUUUUUGGUACUGGAACCAUGGGAACAUAGACGAGGCAUUUAGGGUAUAUGAUGAAAUGAAGGAAAAGGGUGUUUUGCCAGAUGAUAUAGUUCUUAAGAUUCUAGGCCUACUCUAGAUGGUGCAACUCAAGAAGGUUAUGCAGCUGUAUCAAAGCUUCCAUGAUAUCCAGCUGGAAUAAUCGGGAUAACAUUUUCCAAAAAGAGAAGAAUCUGCAGGUUGAAUAUAACAUCUGGUGCUGUUAUCCAAGGAAAACAUAUUGGGUGAUAAAAAGAGACAAAUUUGGUCAGGAAGAUGAAUUCACUUUCGGGGAAAAUGCUGAAUCAUCAUGCAGAAGUGGCUAAGUGGAAGUUGUAAAUACUGCAAAAAUGGAGGGCUAUAUGUAUGGUCUUGUAGUUGUAGUUGUAGACCUGUUAAGGAACACUUUGCCCAAGCAUGAUUGCGGCCAUUAUCAGCAUCUGGGUUCUUAGCCUGGUACUUGAGAAGGGUAUGCCUAGAUAGAUGUCCAUAAAUUAUUCCCAAAGAUGAAUUCAGCAUUUAAGGAUGAAUAUUGAAAUAAUAAUUAUGUUGUUCGUGGAAAGCAAGCUUCAUCUCUCACUUUGGGAGAUCUUAUCUUCAGCUCACACCACCAUGGCCUUGAGAUGGGAACAAUUGAUGAGAUGACACAUCAGGAAAGAGAAUGAACAAUACUAAACAAAAUCUGGAGGACAAAGAUUGUCGAACUAUUUCUCUGGUUAGAUUCUGUGACCAACUUCACUUUCUUCAUUUUGUUAACAGAAAUGAGAUUUUAUGGGCCAACCACCCCAGAUACAUUUUUUUUCUCUACAGCAUUAUGUUUCACCCUUUUAUGUCUCUGAAGGGGAAUGUUAUGUGUGCUUUAGUAAGAAUGAAAAGGGAAGUAGAAGGCAAUGGAGUGAACAUUGACAAGGUGCAGAUGGCUUUCGGGGAAAGAACCAACGCAAAUGUGAUUGGGAAAACGCGAAAUUUGUUGAUUCUUGGGCCGUUGUUCUAGUUAUAAUCUUUUUUUUGGGCGAAUGUUGAAUGAAAUAUGUUCAAGAGGUGUAUGAAUGGGGGAUUAUUCCUGUAUCUACAUAAUUUUUUCAAAGGUACGGGAAUGGGUGAGCUUUGUUGGGGAAUUAUAUUUAAUGAAAUUUUGAAUAUUUAUAAUAAAAUUAACUAAUACUAAUUACUGUUUUACAAC